AAUAAUCAGGAAGAACUCUCAGCGCACCUUUUAGCUCUCCGAUAUGCAGAUUUGCUGAUAAAACAUCAGUUAUCUGUUCAUCUCAUACAGGUCGUGGAAAACUGCGAGUGCAUGGGAAUCUUUAACUCGUUUUUUCUUCACCGGGGUAUCUCGCCUUGAUUUCGUAUAAAACCCAGCACGAAUGCGAGCUGUAAUACCAGGCUACUGACGGCUCUAGCGGCUCCUUAUUGGCAUUUUCACGUCUAGGCUACUACAACUACUAUUGCUGACUUCUGCCUGUGGAUUUUACCGUUAUAUAUUGUGAAAGGUUUAGGAAGCAGAGGAAGCUCACCACUCCAGAAUCAUGGGACACUUUCAGCUCUCCCCCAUGCUCUCCCUUGGCCUUCGGCUUGUGGUUGUCGUAGGAAUCAUGUUUCUCAAAUUCCAACAUGUGAUGGCUAUGUCCUCGGACGUGGACUUGGAUCAGUUUGUGUCUCCAACUGCCAGCGGCAACGUUACUGUGUGCACCACAGCAGGCACAGCAUGUGAAAAAGGGGUGAUUCUGCCUAUCUGGGAACCUCAGAAUCCCUCGUUCGGGGACAAAGUGGCACGGGCGACAGUCUAUUUCGUGGCCCUGGUGUACAUGUUCCUUGGAGUGUCCAUCAUCGCUGACCGUUUCAUGGCGUCCAUCGAGGUCAUCACCUCUCAGGAGAAAGAGAUCACCAUCAAGAGACCCAACGGAGAGACCACCACCACCACCGUGCGGAUCUGGAAUGAGACAGUGUCCAAUCUCACGCUCAUGGCCCUGGGUUCGAGUGCCCCUGAGAUCCUACUGUCCGUCAUUGAGGUUUGCGGCCACGGUUUUGAUGCAGGAACCUUGGGUCCAAGCACCAUCGUGGGCAGCGCCGCCUUCAACAUGUUUGUCAUCAUCGGCAUCUGUGUGUGGGUGGUGCCCGACGGGGAGGUCCGUAAGGUCAAGCACCUGCGCGUCUUCUUCGUCACAGCCACCUGGAGCAUCUUCGCCUACAUCUGGCUCUACCUGAUCCUGGCUGUCAUCUCCCCCGGCAUAGUGCAGGUAUGGGAGGGCCUGCUCACCCUCUUCUUCUUCCCCAUCUGCGUGUUGUUCGCCUGGGUCGCUGACCGACGCCUCCUCUUCUACAAGUACGUCUACAAGCGCUACCGUACCGGCAAGCAGCGAGGCAUGAUCAUUGAAACCGAGGGUGACCGCCCGCUCCCAUCCAAAGUCGACAUUGAGAUGGACGGAAAGAUGCUCAACUCUCACGCGGUAGACUUCCUGGACGGGCCUCUGGGGCUGGACCUGAACGUGAAGGACCUGGAUGAGGAGGAGACCCGGCGCGACAUGGCCAAGAUCCUCAAGGAGCUGAAGCAGAAGCACCCAGACAAGGAGAUGGAGCAGCUGAUUGAACUGGCCAACUACCAGGUGUUGAGUUCGCAGCAGAAGAGCAGGGCCUUCUACCGCUGCCAGGCCACCAGGCUCAUGACCGGCGCUGGGAACAUCCUGAAGAAGCAUGCGGCCGACCAGGCCCGCAAGGCCGUCAGCUUGCACGAGGUUCGCUCUGAUGUGGCAGAUAACGACCCCAUUUCCAAGAUAUACUUUGACCCCGGCUCCUACCAGUGCCUGGAGAACUGCGGCACAGUGGCAGUUAACGUGCUGCGGCGAGGCGGUGACCUGACCAAGACAGUGUCGGUGGAGUUCCGUACGGAGGAUGGAUCAGCCAACGCGGGCUCGGACUACGAGUUCACCGAGGGGGUGGUGGUGUUCAAGCCCGGCGAGACCCAGAAGGAGAUCCGUGUGGGCAUCAUUGAUGAUGACAUCUUUGAGGAGGAUGAGAACUUCCUGAUCCACUUGAGCAACGUCAAAGUGCUGCUGGCAGAGGGAGAGGAGGUAGAGAACCCAGAGACCAAUCACGUGGAGGCAGUGGCCUGUCUCGGCCUGCCUGCCACGGCAACCGUGACCAUCUUUGACGACGACCACGCCGGCAUCUUCACGUUCGAGGAGCCGGUGGCACACGUGAGUGAGAGUGUGGGCACCAUGGAGGUGAAGGUUCUGCGUACGUCAGGGGCACGUGGGGUCGUCAUGGUGCCCUACAAGACUGUGGAGGGCACGGCACGUGGAGGAGGAGAGGAUUUCGAAGAUACCCACGGGGUCCUGGAGUUUCAGAACGAUGAAAUCUUGAAGACCAUAGCCAUUAAAAUACUUGACCGUGAGGUGUAUGAUAAACACAGCUACUUCACCCUAGAGCUGCAGACGCCACAAUGGAGAAGGAGAGGCCGGACAGCUACAGAGGUGGCUGUGAAGGAGGUGGAAGAGGAGACGCCACUGACAGAAGUGCAUGAUGAGGACCAACGCAUCGCUGAUAUGGGCCGACCCACGCUGGGGGACCACGUCAGACUUGAAAUCAUCAUUGAGGAAUCCUACGAGUUUAAGAACACUGUGGACAAGCUGAUUAAGAAGACAAACCUGGCCCUGCUGGUGGGGACUAACAGCUGGAGAGACCAGUUCAUCGAGGCCAUCACUGUCAGUGCCGGUGAGGAUGACGAGGAUGAAGAAUGCGGUGAGGAGAAGCUGCCGUCCUGCUUCGACUACGUCAUGCACUUCCUCACCGUCUUCUGGAAGGUUCUGUUUGCGUUCGUGCCCCCAACAGACUACUGGAAUGGCUGGGCCUGCUUCGUGGUGUCCAUCUGCAUGAUCGGCCUGCUUACAGCCUUCAUCGGGGACCUGGCCUCCCACUUCGGCUGCACUGUGGGCCUCAAGGACUCUGUCACCGCCGUGGUGUUCGUUGCGCUGGGGACCUCUGUGCCAGACACCUUUGCCAGUAAGGUGGCAGCCAUCCAGGACCAGUAUGCUGAUGCAUCCAUCGGCAACGUGACGGGCAGCAACGCGGUCAAUGUGUUCCUGGGCAUCGGCGUGGCCUGGUCCAUCGCCGCCAUCUACCACAACUCCAAGGGCAACGACUUCAAGGUAGACCCGGGGAGCCUGGCCUUCUCCGUCACUCUCUUCACCAUCUUCGCCUUCAUCUGCGUGGGGGUGCUGAUGUACCGGAGGCGACCUUCGAUCGGCGGCGAGCUGGGGGGUCCGCGGACUCCCAAGAUACUGACCACCAUGCUGUUUGUUAGCCUGUGGCUGCUGUACAUUCUGUUCUCCUCGCUGGAGGUCUACUGCCACUUCAAGGCCUUCUAAACAGCAUCAGACUUAAGAAGGCCCAAGAAGAGCUAACCAUUGACAAGAAGGAGGCAACAGCAGUGGUGAAAAACAUUUUCCUCUUGUCAUUAAUAAACCCCCCUUUCCCCCUAUCCCCCUUUUAAGAAGUGAAAGAUAUGCCCCCCCCUCCUCUGUCCCCAUGGUCUUGUGCUUAAUCAAAAUCAAA